CUUGGGAAGGUGGUCCCGGUCGAAAAACACCGUCCAGAAAAGCAACUGAGGAGACAGCGGUGCAUGUUUUCAUACAGUUUCUUUCCACUUAAAACAUCUCCAAAACAAGCCAUGAAACUCUGGGAUUGACACAAAAUGUUGCCAACAAAGGAAGUGAUGGAUUUGAGUUGUUUGUCCUCGGGUAUAAAGUUGAGAAACUACGAGGUGAAAAUGGAGAGCCCAGCUGAGUGAGAGUGGGGUGAGGAGGCUGGAUUUGGCAAAGUUGGGAGUCCUUCCCUGCUGCUAGCAGGCUAGCUAGCAUGCUCAGACACUUCGCUAUGUCGGGUUAAGUAAUGAGGCGAGAUUAGCUUCCCUCCGUUGUUCUCCAGCCUGUGAUAGUCCGGGGGAGCUGCUUUAUCUGCAGCAUGACCACAGCUUCUCCCAAUGGAUCGGUGCAGAGUUGAUGAUCUUGUUUUCUGUGGAUGUUCUGCCUGAAGCUUUAUGCAUUUCUCCUAAAGGCAAACACCCUUCAUCUUGUUUAAGAGAGCUCCUCUCCCUCCCCUGCCCUAAUCAGUCAUCAUAUUUGUGUCACUCAUACUAACUAUACUCAUGCAAUUGUGUUCUCAAACAUUCAACAUAUUACGCUGCUUGAGAUGGGGCCCUGGUAGGUUCUUCAAGGGGCUUGAGGUACCCCCUGCCUUCUGACUUCCAGCAGCAUGGGCCUAUAAAAUAAUAUUGGAACAACAAAACACAGUAACACAGGACUUGCUGAUGGAGCCGAGACACACAACGUGCUUGCCCAAAUUAUAUUCAUGAAGCCUUGGACUUUUUAAACUGGACCUAAGUGGAUGUUUCGGGCGUAUUCAUGAACUGUGAAUGCUGAUGCCAGCUCACUGGGACUUGAGUCGGAGUAAUCAGUUUUAUUCAUGAACCCUCUUGCUGAGUCUGGGUACAGCCUGGAUGUUGGAUGCCCUGACUGUGUUGAAUCAGCUGUUGGGGUGAUGAGGCAGGGCUCCUGGUGGCCUGUGUGGCUGGCUGGGCAGUGGCCCAAGGUGAUGUGAUGGGGUGCAGGAACAGUAAGGUCCUCCCUGAGCCUCCAGGGGAUGUUCACUUGGACCUGGUCAAAAAGGUUGAUCCUCCUCAGACAGAUAUCUAUAAGCACUUCAUUCGAGGGGAUGGCACUAGGAGUAAGAUGGGUGGGGCCGGUGGAGGGGGAGGUAACAAGGCUGACUCCACCUCCCCAUAUCAGGCCCAAGCUGCCACUCCCACCGCUUCCAUUCAGCCCCCUAAGGACCCAUCCGAACUGUCGGACCCUCAGCGGAAGAAGGUGGCAAAAUAUCGAGCCAAGUUUGACCCCCGGGUCACAGCCAAGUACGACAUCAAAGCUCUGAUAGGUCGCGGGAGUUUUAGCCGGGUUGUUCGCGUAGAACACAAGAGCACACGGCAGCCUUAUGCAAUCAAGAUGAUCGAGACCCGUUACCGGGAGGGGAGGGAGGUGUGCGAGUCAGAGCUGUGCGUUCUGCGACGCGUUCGUCACACCAAUAUAAUCCAGCUGAUGGAGGUCUUUGAGACGGCAGAACGUGUCUACAUGGUGAUGGAGCUCGCCACAGGAGGAGAGCUCUUUGACCGGAUCAUAGCUCGCGGCUCCUUCACAGAGCGGGACGCCACGCGGGUGCUGCAGAUGGUCCUGGACGGCGUCAAGUAUCUCCACACUUUGGGGAUCACUCACCGAGACCUGAAACCGGAGAACCUGCUCUACUACCACCCUGGAGCCGAUUCCAAGAUCAUCAUCACUGACUUUGGUUUGGCCAGUAGCAGAAAGAAGGGCGAUGAGUGUCUGAUGAAGACCACCUGCGGCACGCCAGAGUACAUUGCCCCUGAGAUCCUGGUCAGGAAGCCCUAUACAAACGCUGUAGACAUGUGGGCGCUGGGGGUGAUAUCGUACAUCCUGCUGAGCGGAACCAUGCCCUUCGAGGACGACAACCGCAUGAGGCUCUACCGGCAGAUACUCAAGGGGAAGUACAGCUUCUCUGGAGAGCCGUGGCCGAGCGUGUCCAACCUGGCCAAAGACUUUGUGGAGAGGAUUCUAACGGUGGACCCCAGUGAGCGGCUCACAGCUGGCCAGGCCCUCAAGCACCCUUGGAUCGUCAGCAUGGCCGCCGCCUCCUCCAUGAAGAACCUUCAGCGCUGUAUAUCUCAGAACCUGCUGAAGCGGGCGUCCUCACGCUGCCACAGCACCAAGUCGGCCCAGUCCACUCGCUCCAGCCGCUCCACCAAAUCCAACAAAGCCCGGCGGGUGCGGGAGAAGGAGCUGCGCGAGCUGAACCGUCGUUAUCAGCAGCAGUACAAUGGCUGAAACAGGGAUGGGGACAGCCAGUGACUGGAGCGGACCUUAUAAUUUUGGGGUAACCAGCACUACAAUGACUGAACUUUCACUAUUGUCAUUCAAAGUCGCUGCCAAUGUUGGAGGCCAAGAUGGCUUUAAGUCCCAAAUCAUUGCCUUAAAAAAUAGGACAAUGAACAUGACUCAAUCCAUGGCUACAAGGCCGUAGAAUUAAGGUUGAAAAGUAACUGCUGCCAGUUGAGACUAUAGAACAAGUCAAUAAUGAUCAUGAAGACAAUGUAAUCUAUGAAUUGCUAUGGCAGUGUGUCUCCUGAUGAACACAGACAAGGACACACAAGUCAAGUUUUGAACUCCAAAGGUUACAUCAUCUCUCUAUUCCUUCACUUUUCCUCCGACAGGAUGGUGCCUUCCACUCCUUUGCUUUUGAUCCUUCGAUCCCUGUGUUUCUACAUAUUUAUUUAUUAUUGUUGACAUGAUUAUUAGUCUCCAUUCAAAUGGUCACUGGAUAAUGACCUUGCAUGAGGAUCUGUUGAACAGAGUUCUGGGUACUGACGUUUCUAAGAAGAAAGGACUACUUUAAGAAGAGGGGAAAACCAAUUCCCCUAACUCAUUCCUGAUUGAAAAUUGCUGUGAAUUAACUAUACUAUACUGUACUAAUUGUACAGACCUUGUCUUAAGAUGUGGUUAAUGGAAACACACUGCAACAAAACCACACACCCUUGAAGGACAAAAUGAAGGCGUAUCUUAGUUGCUUCUAAGCUCAUCUAAUCUUGCCAUUAUUGCCAUGUUAAUAUUCUGAAGCUGUCAAAAGAUCGUGAAGCUGUUUUGUUUUCCAUGUUAAAUCUUAAAUGUAUUAUAUUAGACAAUAGGCCGCGCAGCCCGACUCCCAAAGAUUUUUAUAAAUCCAUAGAUUCACCCAUGAAGUACUGCUACAAUCCCUUCGUGCUGUAGAGCAGUAUUCUAAUAAUUAUCUGUCUUUAUAAGGGCAUGUGGUCAUUUCCGGCGUUGCGUGGUGUUACAGUGAAAGUGGCACAUGUUGCAUCCCGCUAAAAUGAAGAUUUUUGUUAUGCUGCUGCUCUUGCACCAGCUCUUUGUAAGUUCAGAGUUAGCCUGGUUAUAACAUAAGUGUUUACAAAGUGGAGUUUUACACAUCACUAAAUUAAAACAGGUUGCAGCACACAAACUAGUUCUUUUAUAAGAAAUGAGUUGUAACUAAACAUUAACUACAAGGUGUUUCGUAGCUAACUGGACCCACUGAUGAAGCUAAUGUUAGCUUGCAAAUGCAUCACCCAUUAGAUUGAAGAGUAAAAGUUAUAUUUGAUCCGAGUCCCGACACAUGAUUGAAAUGCUGUUUAAAACUUGUUUAUGGAUUGACAAAUUGUUGGUGCAACCCAAACCAAGUCCUGCCACCUUUUCUAGCUAGCCUCUGUUCCACCAACAUCUGUAGCUCAGUGGGAUUGCUCCUAAACAUUUAUUUCAUCUGUCCUGUUAGCAUUCAGUAACAACAGAUCGCACCACAGUCAGCCAUUGGCACGCCCUCAAAGGAAUUUUUUUUCUUAAAAUUUGUUAAGUAUUCAAACCUUACUAACCAUUGUAAGGGGUAGUAGAUAUUGCUAUUUAGCACGGAAUAUGGAGAGGAAAUCCCAGAAAUGUGAUUCUGCUUGUGGAACAGAGGCUAACGGGAUCGUUCAGUUCUACAGUAGCUUUUAAACAGGUUGUAGGGACCCUUCAGAAAAACAACUGUCCUAAAUGGAAACCACUGAAGAUAAUAAGGAGCAUGUAGAGGUGAAUCAAAUGACCAUUAAUACUUAUAAUUAUUAAAAUAUUCUAAAUAACAAAACCUAGCACACGUAAUCCUAUGCAUACAUUUUCUUUAGUUUGGAAAGGAUGCCUUUGUUCUCUAAGUGUGAACUCUAGUUGAUCAAAUCCACAAUGUUGAAAGUAAAAGCAUAAUAUAUUGUAGCACUCUUUUCAGUCAGAAUCAUAACUUGUCUAAUGCAGUCCAAUACCUAUCAUGUGUGGAUAGUCAGAAUAAGGUUUGUGACUACUGCAUUACUCAUCAAUAAUCUGAAAUGAGAAAUGGAGAUUUUGGUUUUUGUAAUAUUGUGUUGCAGUUUAAAUGUUAAAAGGCUGCGUUUCAGUAAAGUGAAUUUUCUGAACUUAAACAGUUCAGGCAAAGUGAAAUGAAAAAUGAAUGAAGCUGCUUGUUUGGUCAUCAUAUCCAUGUUUAAAUAAUUGAUUGCAAAUGAUUCCUCCCCAAAUUUACUAUUAAACAUUUCCCAAAAGUAGCACAACUUCAGAAAAAUAGGUUGGGAUUUUUUGCCUUUAUUCCUUUUGUUCCCACUUUAAUCUGGCAAAGCACUUCAUUAAAUAGAAUUUAGUUAGUUUUUACAACUGCAGUCUUCCUUUGUAUGGAACCAGUUCAUUGCGUUUUUAUAUAUUUUGCCCCUUCAGAAUGCUCCCAGAGUAAAUCAGUUGCUACAGUGUGGUCUUUUCUUCUUUUUAUGAGCAUUUUGCUGUGAUCUAUUCCAGACUUAUAAAGUGUGUUGCUGUUGUGAACUUUUUAACACAUACUGGAAACCUAUCGAGCCAUGUCAGCUGACCUCAGUUUUUCCCUUUCUUUUUGUCUUUUGUCCUUUACUGGUUCCAGGAUUCUCUGUCAUCUUUCUGCUCUUUCUAUUUUCCUUCAUGUAAGGCAGAUUUAAAAACUUGUUUUCCAUUGUCCCACAGCUGUUUUUGUCCUGAUGUCACACCUUCUGGUGAGACUUAAAUGUUUAUAAAAGAUGCAAGUCAGGCUUACAUUGGAACUAGUAUUGGUACAUACAUAAAUUUUCACUCUGUCUACAUUUUGUGAGAUACCCUACCCAAAAAGUGUCUUUUUUAUAUCAAACAUGCAUACUCUGUAGACUUGAAGAAUUUGAAGAAAGGUGCAUUUAAAGUGCCUUCAAAGAGAAAGCAGCUGUGGUCAUAUUAAAAGAAAGAUUUAAGGUGUCAUAUCUUCUUCAACAUGCAGAAUAAGGAGGUUGCCUUCGUUCUGAUAGUUAGUUCAUUGGUUGCUCCUAGAGCAUAGCAUAUAUGCGAGAGAAACAUAUUUAACCUGUCUCAGCUCUGAGACUCAGACUCUCAAAGUAAUCAUUUGGGCUCAAAGGAAUUGCUGUGGUUGAAUUAGUCAGCAACAUUGUUGAGUGCCUAAUGUGUACCAUGUUCAAUGAAUAACCAAAUCAGUUUUGCAGAAUGUCAGCACUUGGGAAGUGUUUCCUUUCAUGUUUUUAUAUAUCUGCGUGAUUUUAUGUAAAUGCUGUUGUCCUAAAUGAAGUAGCCAACUCAACACUGUUACCUGAGAACAGUUAUUCAUCCUUUGUUUUUAUUUGUUUAAAUGAAUGAUAACACUUUGAUUCAUCUACCAUUAACUUUUUUUUAUUUUUUUAAACGGUGAGUUGUAUGUGACAAUAAAACACUCAAACCAUGA